GCCGCGCGCCAGUGACGCGUCGAGCGCCGGUGACGCGGACGCGGACGCGGACGCGGUGCGCGAGAUGCUUUCGGUGCCGCGGCGGCCCCGCACGGUCGCGGUGUUGGGGUCGGUCCUCGCCGGGCGGGCGACUGAGGCCGCGGCCAACGGCUCGGGGGCAGGGGGCGGCGGCUCGGCCGCGGCGCGUGAGGCUGCGAGCGACGCGUUGGAGGCGCGCCGGCUGCUCGACCUCGCCGUCCGCGAUCGGCCCCGCAGCUUGCUGCGCUUGCUGUGCGCCACGGCGGACGCGGCUGCCGCCCGCGAGGUCACGCGCCACGGGAGAGUCGCGCCGCAGCAGGGAGGGAGGGCGACCGCGGGCGAGUCGCUCCCGGCGAUGGAGAGGGCGGUCUUGCUCGUCCACCCUCCCGUGAUGGGCUGCGCGGCGCACCGCAUCGCCGCCGCACUGACGGGCGGCGGCGGGCGAGGCGGCCUCGCGUCGCCGCUCGAGGGCGGCCGCUGCUACGCGUGGCGAGUCGUCAACCGGUACUACAGCGCCACACUCUCGCUGCUCGUCGUUCCCGACACCGACGCGACGCACGCCCCGCUCGCGGCGGCGGCGGCCGAGGCGGGCGCGGUGCUGCUGCUCUUUGACCGCUCCGCGGCCGCCGCCGCCGGCGAGAGCGGGUGGGCGCGCGUGACCGGGCGGUGGGGCAGUGAUCUGCCGAGCGCAGACGAGCUGUCCGAGUUUGUGCUGCUGCUGCUCGGCGAUUGCGGCGGCGCGCCGGGGGAGGCGCCUCCGACGCACCCGGAGGCGUGCUUCGAGUUCGCGCUCGAGCACGGCGGCGAGAUUGUCGAGAUCGACUCGGCGGCCGGCUCGGCG